AUGACUGCCUCGCCGCUGACUGAGAAAGAACUCAGCCAAGACAAUCAGAGCAAGAGCGAACUCCAUGAGUUCACACGAGAUCAAGUUCGCAGUGACCCCAGCAGAUCAUACAGCCAUGGCAGCGAAGGAGGGUCUGCGAUAUCUAGAAUCCACAGCCAUCUGAGUCGAAGGCAAACUCAACCCAUUGAGUCCGACUCAGAAGACGAGGUCGACUGGCGCGCCGACCCAGUGUUGGGGUCCUCAACCCCAGUUGACCGAAGCCUGGGCCUGACAUGGAAGAAUUUGACGAUCACAGGAGCCGCCGCAGGUGGAACGAUCAACGAAAAUGUGUCCUCCCAGUUUUUCCCACCAUUCUUGAGGAAAACCAAGUUCGCGACCAUGUCAGAUAAAAAGAUCAUCCACAACAGCUCAGGUUGCGUGAAGCCAGGUGAGAUGAUGUUGGUCCUUGGACGUCCCGGCGCAGGUUGUACAUCGCUUUUGAAAGUACUAGGCAAUCGAACCAAGGGCUUCAAGGGGAUUGAGGGCCAGGUCAUGUAUGGAUCACUUAGUAGUGAACAAGCGACGCAAUACCGCGGUCAAAUUGUGAUGGACGAAGACGAGAGUACCUUUUUCCCAACGCUUACCGCUCAAGAAACGAUCGAUUUCGCUACGCGUCUCAAUAUGGCGCAUGAUACUCCGGAUGGCUUUAGCUCGCCAGAGCAGGCGCGACGCGCCACUGCAGAAUUUCUCUUCCGCAUGCUUAAUAUUUCUCAUACCAAAGACACCAAAGUUGGCAACGAAUACAUCCGCGGAGUAUCUGGAGGCGAGAGAAAGCGGAUUGGAAUCCUGGAGGCAAUAGCUGCUCAAGGUAGUAUAUAUCUCUGGGACAACUCCACAAGGGGACUGGAUGCAAGCACAGCACUAUUAUAUGUCAAAUCAAUCAGGAAGCUCACGGAUUUGUUUGGCCUCACGACGAUUGUCACUCUCUAUCAGGCUGGCAACGGCAUCUAUGACCUGUUCGACAAGAUUCUGGUGCUCGAAAAUGGUGAGCAGAUCUACUAUGGACCAAGGGAACCGGCGAGGCCAUUCUUCGAGGAUCUUGGCUUCAUUUGUGCCGACGGUGCCAACGUUGCAGACUUUUUGACAGCAGGAGUCACUGUGCCGACAGAGCGACGCAUUCGUUCUGGCUACGAGUCUCGAUUCCCGAAAACUGGUGCGGAGAUUCGCGAGCAGUAUGAAGACUCUGUCAUCAAGAAGAAUAUGGAUGCUGAACUAGACUAUCCGGAAACGGAGACAACAAAGGAACGUACGGCGAAUUUCACCAACAUGGUUCAGCGCAAGAAACACCCAGGCUUAUUGGCGAAACGAGCUCCUUAUACCGUCAAUUUCUGGUCCCAGCUGAAAGCAAGUAUUAUCCGUCAGGUUCAGAUUCUCAAAGGUAAUAAAACGGUUCUGUUCGUCAAGCAGGGCACGAACAUCAUUCAAGCACUAUCAGUUGGCGCACUGUUCUACAAUGCGCCAGACAAUUCAACAGGUACUUUCCUUCGCAACGGCGCUCUCUUUACAGCCAUUGUGUUCAAUGUCUUUCUGGCUCAAUCUGAGGUUACUGAUUCAUUCGUUGGUCGCUCUGUUCUGACCAAGCAUCGGAGUCUGGCAUAUCAUCACCCUGCAGCGUGGUGUUUGGCACAGAUCAUUACCGACAUCCCUAUCGUGCUCAUCCAAAUUACAGCUUUCUCUCUUCCGGUUUACUUUAUGGUGGGCCUAACCAAUGCCGCUGAUGCAUUCUUCAGAUUCUGGUUCAUCCUCAUCUCGGUGACAUUCUGCCUAACAGCUUUCUUCCGCGCUGUUGGCGCUGGUUUCAAAACAUUUAACGACGCAAGCAAGAUCUCUGGUGUUGCUGUCCUGGCGCUACUGUUGUACAGCGGAUUCAUGGUCCCCAAACCUGACAUGAAACCUUGGUUUGUCUGGAUCUAUUGGAUCGACCCAAUUGCAUAUACAUUGAAUGCAAUGCUUUCGAAUGAGAUGUACGGCAAAGUCAUCAACUGUGCAGGGCCAAAUCUGGUGCCCAACGGACCAGGAUAUAAUUCAGUAGAAAACCAAGCAUGUACAGGUGUCCUUGGCGCAACGCCUGGACAAGUCACUGUUUCCGGAGAGCAAUUUCUAUCAGCUCUCAGAUACGACCACUCACACCUGUGGAGAAAUGUCGGCAUCGUUUGGGUUUGGUGGGCAUUUUUCGUCUUCCUGACGAUUCUUGGUACCUCUGCGUGGCAAAGCGUCUCGUCGCAGAACGGAGUGCUCGCGGUUCCUCGAGAACUUGCAAAGAACGCGCGACUCCCCACGGAUGACGAAGAAUCACAAAACACUGGCUCUGCAUCAACACCUGGGAGCAGUUCAUCUGACGGCACUCUCGAUGCAAAGAAGAUCAAUGAACGACUGAAUGAGAACAAAGCUAUCUUUACAUGGAAGAACCUCAACUACACAGUUUCGACCCCAAGUGGCCCUCGGCAAUUGCUUGACGACAUUCAUGGAUGGGUCAAACCCGGUCAGCUAGGAGCUCUCAUGGGCUCUUCUGGUGCUGGUAAAACUACUCUCAUGGAUGUGCUUGCUCAACGGAAAACCGACGGGACAAUCCAUGGAGCGAUUCUAGUGGAUGGUGCACCGCUUCCGCUCAACUUCCAACGAUCCGCUGGUUACUGUGAACAGCUCGAUGUCCAUGAACCGCUUGCUACUGUGAGAGAAGCGCUGGAGUUCUCUGCACUCCUCCGGCAGCCGCGUUCUAUACCAAGAGAAGAGAAAUUGGCAUAUGUCGACGUUAUCAUUGAUCUACUCGAGAUGCACGAUAUUGAGAAUUGUCUAGUCGGCUACGUUGGCGGUGCAGGGCUUUCCGUCGAGCAGCGUAAACGUCUGACCAUUGGUGUUGAGCUUGUCGCUAAGCCUAGUAUUCUAACAUUCCUUGACGAACCUACGUCUGGUCUUGAUGGUCAGGCAGCUUACAACAUCAUUCGGUUCCUCAAAAAGCUGGCAGCCGCAGGCCAGGCUAUUCUCGUCACUAUUCAUCAGCCCAGUGCCCAACUCUUCUACGAGUUUGACACACUACUUCUUCUUGCUAAAGGCGGCCGAACAGUUUACUUUGGAGAAAUCGGAGACCAUGGUGCUACUUUGAAGGCGUACUUUGCCCGCCAUAAUGCACCCUGCCCACCUGGUAAAAACCCCGCCGAGCACAUGAUCGAUAUUGUCUCUACGAGGAAGAAGGAUUGGCACCAAGUAUGGCUCCAGUCGCCUGAAUAUGAUUCCAUGCUGUCCGAGCUUGACAGUAUGGUUAGCAGGACCAAAGAACACCAUCCCCAGACCAGUACUGACGAUGAGGAGUUUGCUACGAAUCUCUGGGUCCAGAUCAAGCUUGUUACCAUGCGGAUGACGAAAUCAAUCUACCGAAACCCUGAAUACGUCGACAAUAAAUUCGCAUUGCACAUCAUCACUGGUCUCUUCUCCGGAUUUACCUUCUGGCAGAUUGGUAAUAGUGUCAGCGAUCUCAACCUGCGCAUGUUCGCCAUUUUCCAGUUCAUCUUUGUUGCGCCAGGUGUCAUUAAUCAACUACAACCUCUGUUCAUCGAGAGACGUGACCUGUAUGACGUGCGAGAAAAGAAGUCAAGGAUGUACAGCUGGAAAGCCUUUGUGACAGGGCUGAUCAUCUCGGAAAUGCCUUACCUCGUCAUCUGCGCGGCGCUGUACUUCUUCACCUUCUACUACACGGCCGGCUUCUCAAGCGCAUCCAGCAAAGCGGCGCCAACUUUCUUAAUGAUGUUGCUCUACGAGUUCCUAUACACGGGCAUCGGGCAAUUCAUCGCCGCGUACGCGCCAAACGCCACCGCCGCCGCACUCGCCAACCCGGUCUUCACCUUCACUAUGGUUGGCUACUGCGGCGUCUUCGUCCCCUACGAGCAGAUCGUCGACGGCCUCCGCUACUGGCUCUACUGGAUCAACCCUUUCACCUACCUGAUGGGCGGCCUCCUCGUGUUCCCCAACUGGGACAUUGUCAUCGAGUGCAGCGAGAAAGAACUGGCCAUCUUUGACCCGCCCGCCAACCAGACCUGCGCCCAGUAUCUCGAGGACUACAUGACGACGCCCUUUGGCAUGGCCAGCAACCUGCUCAACCCGGACGCGCAGAAUGGCUGCCAAGUCUGUCAGUAUCAGUCUGGCAGCGACUGGCUGAGGUCGCUCAACACCAAGGAGUACUACUACGGCUGGCGAGAUAUCGGGAUCGUCGCGAUUUUCGUCUGCUCCAGUUACGCGCUGGUGUACUUGAUGAUGAAGUUGCGCACCAAGAAGAGCAAGAAGGCUGAGUAG